AUGGAGCAGAAGGGCGCGUAUUUGGAGUUCUUCGAAACUUUCAAGUCCUCAGCUCCGAGAUCUGCGCCGAUGUUGAAGCGCGCGCACACCGCCUGGGAGGCUUUCGGAAAGCUCAUUGCAGGGCUGGGCGAUGCGAACCAGCUGAGGGACUCGAUGGAGUUCUGUGCUCUCCGACACAUGAGCGUGGCGUUGCAGCAGUCGGACGUGGACAGCUUCAAGUCUGUCCUCCUUGAGCUCUGCGGCAAGAAGCUCGGAGCCCUCUUGACGCCCGAGUUUCAGUUCGGCGUCUCCAUGCUCAUUGACUCCAUGGGCAGGACGAUGCUUCGCACCCGGACGAAGUUCGAGACACGGCUUCGCAUCCUUCGCACCAGCUGGGCGGCUUUGGAACAUACAGAGGGCGAGAAGAUAGACGUUGAUUCGCCAGUUUCUCCUGGCUCCCCUGAUGAGAAGGAGCCCGAGAGUGACGACAACGGACCUGUGACGGUCAGCGAGAAGUCCGGGGAGCGUAAGCACAGGAAGAGCUUGGGCAAUGCAGGAUCUGUUCAUGUGCCACGCUCCUUCCACGACAUGGUCCUUUUCAAUGCCUCUGUGAUGAACAUGAGCGAGAACCUCUGGUUCGAAGAAAUGCUCCAGUCUCUUCGAGCGCUCGUUCCAAAUUGUGGAAACAUCUCCAGGCUGCAGGAAGAGUGCGACCUGCUCUGCCUGGCUUUGGUCCACUUUGAACAGGCUGGUUUUGGGUUUCGACCAUCUUGA